CCAAAACAACACUUAAAAGGCAGUGUUUCAUUGUUAUUAAUUUAAAUUUAAAUUUUAGUGGCACCAGAAAAUAAGUCAAUGUGUUAUAUUGGUUGAAGUGACAAUGAUAGUUAAGAAUUAACUAGGUACCUACCCAAUAAUAAUACAUAAAAAAUUACCAACCGACAUAAACAAAAAUCGACCUCGUUGUGCAUAGAUAAGAUUGAAGAAUGGAGAUACAAUAACAAAUACAAGGUACAAGUGAUAAGAGACGAAAUAGUUAUUUGCCUAACAAAUGCGGAAAGUGAUACUUUACCGCACGCAACAGCAGUUGACCGAACGACGCGAAGCGGAGUUUGUUCAAGCCGUUAAGGGCGGUAAAGGCACUUUCCGCAUGUGUUAGGUACAAAAUUUUACCUAUGAGCAUCUACAUCUCCAAAAAUAGUAUAUUACUUGAUAACUGCAAUCGCGUGCGGAAAAGUGGUACUUUCCGCACUAGUUAGGAACGCUAUUUUUUCUACGAGAUGAAAGCCUAGGAAAUGUAGUUUCUCCAACAACAAAUGGGUUUCCUGACAACAAACAUAGUCGACAAACAACCAAUCACCGAAAUCACCGCGCAUCAAAGGUCAUAAACCGUCAAGGUUAACCUUAAACCCCAUCGUCCCGCUCACAAUGGGAAGCACAUCAUCGAAAUUCAAAAAGAAUCUUCAACAAGGAGACGAAUAUGCCGCCAUGAAGAUCUACCAAAAUUCACCAGAACUGCGAAAGUAUUUGGAUCCUAAUGUGAGCUACGGAGACAGUCAUAAUCAUAAUACUGCUUUACAUUAUGCUGCUAAACAUGGUAUGAAACAUCUUCUGAGAGCAUUUUUGAAUGAUCUGGGUGGAAAUCCAAAUAAGAAGAACGGUCUCAAUGAAUCUGUUUUGCAUUCCACAUGCCAAGUAAUUCCUAACAGCAGCUAUGGAGCUCUGGAAAGGAGAGCUGCUUGCGUACAAUUACUUUUACAUUGGAGAGGAGCGGUCUUGCAUACAGGAGGCAGAGAAAAAGUUGAUUUGGCUGCACAAGAUAAGGUCGGCAACACUGCCUUGCAUUGUGCAGCACAUUUUGGAUUGAAUCGCUGUGCAGAAUUAUUAGUUUAUAAUGGAGCUCCGUUGUUCUUGGAGAAUAACGAGAAAUUUACACCGUGCGAUUUGGCAAUGCGCGCUGGGCAUGAUGAUAUUGCUGGAUUCCUUGAAAGCAGAAUGGUUUUCGCUGAUAAUCCAGACGUGGUAAAUGUAGACGAGGAUGUGAUCAAUGAGCAAGAAGAAGUUUAUAGUGGAUUGAGAAGUCAGGAUUUGCAGGAAGCCAAAGAUCAGCUUCUAGUUGACACAUCUGAUAUGUUGAAGAUUCCACUUUUCACGGCAGAAGCUUUGUUACGAGAUAAUGAAUGGUCAAGGGAACUGUUGCUAGAAAAAUGGAUGAGAAAUCCAACAGAAUGUUGUGAAUCAGCUGGAGUUCAGGCACCCAUUUCUCUAUUAACCCAUGCAGGUUCAGUCGAUUCCAGUAUAUCUACUGAUACUGGAUCUGAUAGGCAAGAAACUAUGUGUGAAAUAUGUUUAAACAUUAUACCAGCAGAAUGGGAUCAACCCCUUAAAAUGUCGUGUAAACAUAUCUUUUGCAAAGGAUGUUGGCAAAGUUAUUUAACGACCAAAAUUCAGGACGGAGAUGCCCAUCACAUUUUAUGUCCCGCUUACCAAUGCCACAUUUUGGUACCUGUGGAAUUUAUUGAGAAACUUGUUAGUCCGGAAAUGGCAAGGAGAUAUUUACAGUUUGACAUAAAGGCUUUCGUAGAAAGCAACAAAACCAUCAAAUGGUGUCCAAUUCCUGGAUGCGGUCGUGCAGUAAGAUUGCCAGAAGCUGAACAAACUCCUGGAAAAACAUAUCCGAACAGAAAGCCAAUUCCUUUAACUUCUCACGCGGUUGAUUGUGGUAAUGCGCAUUUUUUUUGCUGGGAAUGUUUAGGUGAGGCUCAUGCUCCAUGCGGUUGUGACCAAUGGCAGCAAUGGCAUCGAAAAAUAACAGAAAUAAAACCUGAAGAGUUAAGCACUGCUUGCAUAGGAUCUGAAGAAGCUGCUAAUUGUUUGUGGUUGGUUACCAACUCUAAGCCUUGUCCGAAUUGUAAAAGUCCUAUACAGAAGAAUGAGGGUUGUAAUCACAUGAAAUGCUCAAAGUGCAAAUUUGAUUUUUGUUGGGUUUGCCAAGAAUCUUGGAAGAAGCACAGUUCUGCUACAGGGGGCUAUUUUAGAUGUAAUAGAUUUGAAGCUGUACGAAAGGCUGAUGAAAAACAGGGUAAUAUGGUUAACGAAGCAAUAGAAAAAAACACAGAAUUACAAGAAAUCACCAGAUUUUUGCAUUACUAUACAAGAUUUCGGAACCAUGAAAAUAGUCAGAAGAUGGAAGAACCUUUGAUGACUAGUGUUAAAAAGAAAAUGGAAGUACUUGCUAGUAGUCUCGGAAUAAGACGAGAAGAAGCCAUAGAGAGUAGCACAAGAUUCAUAGAAGAUGGUGUCAGAGAACUAUUGAAAGCAAGAAGGGUAUUAUGUGGCUCAUAUGCCUAUGGUUAUUACCUAGAAGAUGAUGGUUACAACAAGCAUAUUUUCGAAUUUAUGCAGAACGAAUUAGAAGAAAUUACUGAAAAAUUGAGUGAAAUGAUAGCAAGACCAUAUUUGCGAACACCCAAAGCAGUAAUUAUUCAAACAUCAACACUAACAAGAAGAAAAAGGCACGAGUUCGUUAGGGCAGUGGCCCAAGGUUUGAUACCUCCUGAAACACCACCAACUCUGAGGAAGAGAAAGAGGAAAUUAAAUGAACUAGCAGACACUUCAACUUGGUUAAAAGACUGUGAAUGGCCAAAUGGAGACUAUGACACCGACGAAGAAACCGAUUUGAGUGUAACGUUAAAAAAAAUUAUUCGGAAACCUGUGGAUGAACAUGAGUGUGGGCUAUUGUGUAGUAGUCAAGGAUGUGGCACAAGACCUGACUACAAUGUUGAAAUGAUAAUAGCCUUAGAAAUGUCCAGACUACAAAUGAUAGAAGACCAAGUGAAACAGUCCGAGCACACACCUAUAACGCCAGAUCCUGGUUCCAGUAUAUCUACAAAUAGUAACGAAAGUACAGAUGAUCAGCUAAAAUUAGCCAUACAUUUAUCUUUGCAAGAAUCCACUGCCAAAAUUAAAAGAGAAAUGGAGCAGAGAGAGAAUAACGAAAGAACAAAUGGUUACCAGAAAACCAGUGCUGAUCUGACUGUGGACUACUUCCUGAAAUCGCUAGCCAAUCAUAAAAUAGAUCUGAAAUCUCUAGACCGACUAGAACCAGAUAAAGAUAUUGUGUUCAGAUCUUGCAAAGGGAACGAGGAUGGUAGAUUUAAAAUUUCAGAUAUCCACGAUAAUGGAUAUAUUUUUGGUAACGACGACUAUGACGAUCUCACAAGUCUGAAACGUUGCCAUUCCACAGGAGAUCUUUGCUCACGCAGAACUAGAAAAGGGCUAUUGACAAGGAUGAACGGUACUGAUGAACCAAGGUACCAUUUGGAUUCUGAUCAUAGUAGUCAUGAUGAAAAACCUGAAGAUAUGGUUAGAAGAUUUUUAGCACUGCCAUCUACAUCAAUACGAACAAAGCAGUUUUUGUUACUGCAACAUCCUCAUCCGGAAGAAGAAUUUUGUCAAGGCCAGAGUUCCAUGGAGGACACCACCAUAUCAGACUCGAUAAAUGCUGAUAUGGAAGUUUGUGGUAUUUUGAAUUCUACGACUGAUGAAGACUUAGGUAACAAGAUUUACGAAGAAGAAACUAAAAAGACUGACCCAAUUGCCAAAGAAAUCCAAUGUAAGAAACAUAGUCAUAAUCCAUUCGCUAGUCUUAAGGCGAAACUGUGUUCAUCCCACUUGCCAAAACCGGGUUAUCUAACCAGAAUAGCUGUGAAUAAAAGCAUAGGAUUAAUCAGUAAUGAUUCUUUAAAACCAAAAUCUUAUCGUGAUCACGCAUCUAGCAACGGAGAAUCGAGCAGUAGUAUUUUCAUGAAAAAAGCUGUAGUGGGUGAAUCGAAAAGCGAGAAACAUAGUCCGAAAAAGAGAAAGUGUGCUGGACAAGGCAGUUUUUCGAAAUCAACAGGAUUUUUGGUUGAUAAUCAAAAGAAAAAAGGAUUAUGCUCUCAACUAAGAAUCCAAAUAAAAAGUCCGGGCAAAACAACUUUGGAAACCGAUAGCUCCAAUGAAUACGAAAGUGAAACAGGAAUUCCAAAAUCGCCAACUUUAUUUAUUUCGGGAGUUUCAAUAUCUAGAACGCCUGAACCAAAAUCUCCAGGUAUCAGCCUGAUUCAGAACAGCUUCGGACGUCAAUCCCGUUCCUCCAGUCUUAGCGUUCCAGCACCAUUAAGUUCCUGUUCCUUGAGUAUAUCCAGCAGUAGUUUGAACAACAGCAACUCACUACCUCCAGAGCCUUUUACACCAUCUUUGGUACGCUCCACUACUCCAGCUUCUUCCAGGUCGAAUGUAACCACACCUCACGGAAGUCCCAUGUCUGGAAAGGAUAAUGGAAAAUCUAAGAGUGCUAGUGAGCCGGAAAGAGAACGAGAAAUGUUUAGGUUUCCGAAAUCUUCAACGGAUGGUGCACUCAGUUCAGUUCUUCACGUUCAAGAAUCCAACUUGAGUUCAGAUGAUUUUCACGAGGCCCUGUUUCUAUUGGAAAGAUCACCGAAAACGCGAGACUCUAAACGAAGAAAAAAAUCAAAAAAGAAAGAAAAAGAUGAUAAAAAAGAAAAGGAACGAGACAAAGAGCCAGAGGAUAUCAGUUCGGUUCUUUAACGUUGGUGGCGGUCUGAUUAUUUCUAUAGACUUUCUCUGAAAUUAUCUGGAAUAUUUUUACAAUAAUAUAGGUGGGUCUUUGAGUUUCCGCAUAAUACAAGUAAGAAUCCAUAUUAUCAAAUUUGCAAAUUUUUUUAAGUGCCAAAUCAACAAUUCUAUUUAUCGCCCACUAGAUUAUUGCAAAAAUAUUCAACGAACAAAAAAAAAAGCGAUAUUUCUAAACCUAAACUGUAAAAGACUGUCUUUAUAAAUCUAGUGUAUGGAAAGAAAAUGGAUCGAAAUUACAUGUUUUUUUGUGAUACGUUUUAUAAAAAACAAACUUUUUAAAGUGACCAAAUUUGUCUUUAUAUGCGGCAUUUAUAUUCGUAUUUAUAUAGCAAGGUUUUCAUAUUACAAUUGUUCAGUUUAAUGUUUUAAGACGCUAUGGCAAAUAACAGACUUUUUUGCCAAAGCCUCCAAAACAUCAAAAGUUUUAACACUUAAUACGUAAAUAACCAAAGUAUUCUGUGUUAUUUUGUUUAAAAUUUUAGGCCUAACUUCUUGACUGAUUUUUCUUUAGUAUGUAACUCUAGGUCUUCUAGAACUUUCUUAUACUGUUUUUAUUUAAAAUAUUUACUACUUUAUUUUCCUAUGUUAUCUGAAAUAAAUCUUCUUAGUCUUGAAGAAACGAAGCAAUCGGAUUGGAGCUUAAACACCAAUUCCAAUUAUUGUUCACUUAAACAAAAUUAUAUUAUUUCCAAUACUGACCAACUCAACUAAAAUUUGUAAUUUUUUUCAAGACUAAGAAGUUGGUAGUUUAUAAGACUAUAUAGAUGUACUUAUUUGUUACCUACAAUGGAUUAAAGUGUAAAUUGACUUACACAAAUUGUUUAAUCAAUGUUCAAUAGCCUGGUUGUUAUGGUUUGUUGUUGGUGUUAAUUUAUAUACAGGGUUUUCCAAUUAAAAAGACUGCAAAUGUUUUGCUCUUUCAACUUGUUUUCUUUUGCAGCAAUACAUCGAAUAUAUUAUUAUUUUUUGGAUAAAUACCUACUGAAUAUUGCCUUUAAAUGGUGCAUCCUGUAUGUUGCUUCAAAACAUGAAGUUAAUAUCAAUAAAUAUUGUUUUGUUAAUUUUUUUCAAAAUAUCAAGUUAUCAGGUUGUAGUUAUAAAAUAAAUUGUUUACAAUAUUUAUCAACCAGUUUCCAUUAAGAAGUCCCCAAUUAAAAAUUCAUCCUUUUUGAAAACAGUAGCAUUUAAUAAAUUCAAAAGGACAAAAAUAAAAUAUAUAACAUAAACAAAAUAAUUAAUAAUAAAUUACGUUCACAAUCAUCUAUUUUUGAAAAGUAAAAUAACCACAUUUAUAGCUCAUUUUGCUGUGCCUCUACCAAUGCCAUACCAUGUAUUUUUUAAUUUGGGUUUUCUAACGGGUGAUUAUAGUCCUCACUUAUUAUGCCAUAAGUAAAGAUCUUGGGGUGCGUCCAUAUUAAACACCAAACCUGACAGUCUAAUAUAGUAAGGGAAAUUUCUAAUAGGGAAAAUGUUGGCAAUCGCACCCUUACACCGAACAUUUUUUUUUUCUAACGGUUGGCUUUAAUAAAGUUGAUGAGUCCAUUAGUGGAGGAAUCAUGUGAUGACACUGGUGUAUUAUCUUGGAGUUCAGGUUCGAUAGCUUUGGCUAACUGCUUGCCAAGCUCUACUCCCCAUUGGUCGAAGGAAUUGAUGUCCCAGAUGAUGCCUUGGGUGAAGAUUUUGUGUUCAUACAAAGCUGGAAAUAGGGAAAAAGAAUUUUUUGUUCAAGACUAAUGUGAAAUAUCUAAUAUUUACCGAUGAGUACUCCCAAAGUGAACGGUGUCAACUUCUUAACAACUAUACUGUUUGUGGGUCGGUUUCCUUGGAAUACCUUGUGCGGUAAAAUUGUCUCCAAGGCUUCCCCUUGCAGUCCAGAUUUUUCCAGUUCUGCCCUGGCUUGUUCUGAUGUCUUUCCGAAAGCCAAAGCUUCAGUUUGAGCCAGGAAAUUGGAUAACAGAAUUUUGUGGUGCAGACUGUUA